AUGGCCGAGUCGUCCCAAGAGCGCUCCAAGUCGCUUUCUAGCAUCUCAAGCUGGCAUUUUGACAUCGAUCGUUUCCUGAACCCGCUUAUUCCAGCGCCAAGAUGGCAUUUGGUCCCACAGCCCAUCGCUCAUUUCCUGGGCUAUCGAAGUACAACCCCGAAACCGCUGGGUAAUGUCUUGGUUGCGUUUUGGUCUAUGGUCGGUGCCUUUUGCGGUGUGGCCCUGGUGGCCAGCGUCUCCAAGCGGGUGCCCUCAUUCGAGGACCGGAAUGCACCAGCAAUCAUUGGCAGUUUUGGUGCUGCCGCCGUGAUCGAGUUCUGUGCCGUCGACUCGCCCUUUGCGCAGCCACGAAAUGCAUUUUUCAGCCAGAUGAUUGCCUGCUUGGUCGGCGUGGGAAUCUCCAAGCUCUUUGCCCUCAAUCCGAACGCCGAGAUGUAUACUGAACUUGGAGGCGCAUUGGCCUGCGGCGUCACCACGGCCGUGAUGGUCCUGACAAGUACUGUGCACCCGCCGGCGGGUGCAACUGCCCUGCUGGCCGUCACGAAUUCGCAAACUGUGGGCCUGGGAUGGUUCCUAUUCCCGGUGAUGAUUCUGGGAAUCACUCUGAUGCAGUCGGCUGCUCUUGUGGUCAACAACAUCCAGCGUCGAUACCCGUUAUACUGGUGGACGUCGCAGCCACUCUCCCGUUCCCGAGAUGGAGACGUCGAGUCGGACCAUGAGAAGCGAGCCCAAAUCGGGAGCCAUUAUGAAGACAGCCUGACGGACAUUCCUCGACGCCUGGUGGUGGAGCGCAGCGAUGUUUGGGUGCCCGAUGGGGUCUUUUUGUCGACAGAAGAGAGGCAGAUUCUGGACAAGAUUAGCGAGCGGCUGUAA